GGAAGAGGAGGAGCAGGCGCAUGGGAGGAGUGGAUGGGGAAGGCGAGAGGGAGGCAUUGGCAGUUUACGCGUGCGGGCCCCGUAGGAAGCGCUGGUAAGGAGCGUGCCGUACACUUCGGAGACGCCGUUCCCGUCCGCCUUGACGGUGGCAGGUUACCAGCGGUUCGAGCUGCGGUUCAAGACAGAGUCGUCAUGGAGCCAUAUCCGAGUGGAGUACACUUGCUCUGCCACGGACCCCAACGAACUCUCUGCGACCAGGGACUUGGACGCGGUGGUGGCCGUCUCCGCGGUGGCUUUGCUCGGCUCCUUGGCGUGCGCGUGCGGCACGUACGUGGUGUGCCUGAUGCGCGCCAACCGCAGGCUGGGGCGUGCCCUCGAGAGCUCCAGGCUGCUGGUGUACUCGGAGAUGGCGCAUCAGCAGCAACGCCGCCAGGCACAGCAGGAGCAGAGGACCAUGGAGAUGCUGUGGGCCCUGCCCGUCCGCGACUGGAACGGCCCAGAGGAGGGCCAGGAGGAGGGGCCCACCGAGUGCUGCCUCUGCCUGGAGGCGUACCAGCCCGAGCACAAGGUCCGCGUCCUGCCCUGCGGCCAUGUCUUCCAUCAGGGCUGCGUGGACGCCUGGUUCCAGGCCAGGCGGUUCCUCCCCAGGACCUGCCCGCUCUGCAAGCGCAACCCGGCUCCCGCCGCGGCGGCGCAGUCCGCCCAGGAGCCGGCGGAGCAGCCCGCCGCCGCUGCCCAGCAGGAGCGGUGGGCCGUCGCCCCAGAGAGGGCGGGGCGGGAUGCCGACGCCGACAGCGCGGCCGCGGCCAUUGGAGGACGGGGGUAA